UAGCUUGUUUUGGUUACAUGAUAUGUUUUCAUUGUGCAGGCCUACUGUAGAUUUUCUGGUGUUCCUGUGCGAGUGAGAAAGACAGGAAAUACUUUCAGGUCCCCUUCAGGGGAGUUCCCCAUGCUAAAGCAUAAAGGUGUCACUGAGACCAAAGUUGCAGAGAUACUCAGCUUUCUGCGUAAAAAGAACUGGGGUUCAGAUUUUGAACUGUCCAACAAACAGAGUGCUGAUGUGAUAGCCUUCUCCUCACUACUGGAAGAAAAGCUACUGCCAGCUGUUUUGCACCUGUGGUGGAUAGAUGGCAAGACAUUCACAGAUUUUACACGGCCAUGGUAUGCUAGAAUCAUCCCAUUCCCAUUGAACUUCUAUGUGCCAGGACGGAAACAGAAGGAUGCAAACCUUCGUGUCUUCCUUUCUAAAGGAGGGGAGAAUGUCACUGACAGUGAAGUUGAGGGGAAGAUUUACAGAGAUGCCAAGGAGUGUCUUAACCACUUAUCAUACAAGCUUGGUGAUCAGGAGUUUUUCUUUGGGAAGACACCCUCAUCACUGGAUGCGCUUGUGUUUGGCUAUCUGGCCCCGAUACUGAAGGCACCUCUGCCAAACAACCAAAUACAGAACCACUUAAAGGGCUGUGACAAUCUGUGCAGUCACGUCAACAAAAUACUGCAGAGAUAUUUCCCUCCAGAUCCAGAAGAGCAAGAAGCAAAGCGGAAGAAAGAAGCAGAAGAGAAACGUCGUAACACAAACACUGAUGCUGCAGAGUUCCCUAACAAGAAGAGGAAUAUGGUUCUAGCAGCCAUCUUUGCACUGACCACAAUGGUGGGAUAUGCAUUCAUGAGUGGACUCAUACGACUGGACUUUGCGGAAGAAAAGGCAGACACUCAACAAAGUCAGACCAAACCCCCAGACUUCCAGGCAUUUGACCAGAUGUUUGAAGAUGAAGGCGACAAUGAGGAAGAGUAGACGCCACUAAGUGUAGCGAACAAGAGCAGUGUGUCCAGGUAUGGAGCCAUGACUACAGAUGGAGGCUGACCAUGAGCAAGCAUUUAGGUGGUAGCUUGAACAGUGUCCUACACAAUCCUAGCUGUCAUGUGAACCAGUGUGCUAUUCAGUUGACCUCAGUUGUGGGGCCGUCAUCUAGGUCACAAUAUCCGUAGUCAGUUCACACAGUCUGGUUGUGGUAGCAGGCGAUGUUGCAGUCAGAGGAAGAUCUCAUAAGGAACUGUAGUGUCUGUGUUGCUGUUGCACGAUAUAAGCUGUGUAUAUAUGUUUGAAGAGAAGUAUGGUACAUAUCUUGUUUAUAGUGUAUACUUCCUUCACUGAGGGUGCUGGGCAUGUAGAUGUGUGGAAAUGUGUGACUGAGAUAUCCCCAAGAUCUGCAUGUUGUGUACACUUUGCAAAUAUGUUUGAAAUAUUGCAUAAACAUUUCCACUGGAA